GUUCAGGCCGGGGUAGGCGGAGGCGGCCCGGGCCUCACAGGCCCCCGGACACCCAGAGAGCAGAGCGCCGCCAUCAUCAUGGGGAACGUAGUGAGCGGCGGGAGCGGGGACGAGGAUGACCCGGGGAUGGAGCCGGAGGAGGCCGGAGCGGCGGGCACGGAGGGGGAGGACACGGCGGGAGCCGAGCCGGCCGCAGCCAAGCCGGGGGUCCCCGGGCCGGCCUCUCCGCCGCUGCUGCCGCCCUCACCCGCGAUACUGCUGGAACAGGCCCGGCUGAGGGAGGCGGCGGCCCGGCUCAGGGAGGUAGGGGCCCCGGAGUCGGUGGUUUCCCGGCACCAGAGCGCCCUGCUCCGCUGGCUGGAGGAGAGACUGGGCCGAGGGGAGGAGACGGUGAGCCGGGAGCAAUUCAUAGAAAUCCUGGAGAGCAGAGCCAGCAACCGGGAGGAGUGUGAGCAGGCUUUUUCACAAUUUGAUGCAGAAGGUGAUGAAGUGGUGGACUUGGAGGGAAUGUUGGAAGCCAUUAAGGCCUCCAGUGGUGCCAAUCUUCAAGGGGAACUUAGUCAUGUAAUCCGACAGCUGCAAGCAUGCUCAUUAACCCCAGGUUUCAUCGACAUUUUCUCCAAGUCUAAAGAACGCCUCAGUUUACAUUCUUCAAAGAUUCUGCGUUUCUUGCAUCGUAAUCGCAUCCCCAGUACAGUGAUCCCAUACCCAAUUCUGGAGUGCUGCAAUAAUAUUUGCACUAUGCGCUCUUCUGUCCUUAAAGACUACCUGGAACUGCUGGUGAAAAAAGAGAAGGAACGUCCUGUAGAUCUGAGUGAUCAAGAAGAGUGCUUAAAAUUCAAAUCCAUUGCAAAGUGUUACAGUCAUAUAGAAACAUCAUCAAAUUCUUCAGAUAUUGAUAAGAUGACAAACGGGGAAACCUCAUCAUUCUGGCAAUCAGACGGGAGUGCUCGCUCACACUGGGUUCGGUUGAGGAUGAAGCCAAAUGUAGUGCUAAGGCACCUGUCCAUUUCUGUUAGUGCUGCAGACCAGAGUUACAUGCCCCAACAGGUGGCAGUUGCUGUGGGAAGAAAUCCCAGCAAUCUCCUGGAGGUUCGAGAGGUUCAUAUCCCUAGUCACAUAUCGGGCUAUGUAACGUUGCUGGAAAACGCCAACAUAAAUCAGAUGUAUGUACAGAUCAAUAUUAAACGCUGCCUGAGCGAUGGCUGUGAUACCAGAAUUCAUGGUCUUAGGGCAAUUGGGUACCAGAAAGUGAAGAAAUCUGCAGUCUCUAUAUCCGAUGCUUCUGCAAUUUGGUAUCUAUCUCUAUUGACAUCACUUGUAACAACAUCUAUGGACACAAACCCAGCACUUGCACAAGCUGUCCAGCAACAUACACAAAAAGCUUUGCAACACAUGCCGCCUCUGUCUUUAACCAUUGGUACAUCUGAGUUCCCAAAUUUCUUAUCGCCAAAUAUAUUGGAGGAAGUGAACAGCUUCUUAGUAAGGACAGCAAGUUGCUGUUCCACACCAGAUGUUAACUUGAAUCUACUAGCUUUUGCCCUUGCUCGAGGAAGUGUUGCUAAAGUGAUCACCUCUCUUUGCAAAAUCUUGCAACAUAUGGAUCUUCAGUACAAAGCCUCUUCACUCAUUUCUUCCAUGGAAUCGGUUAGAAUGACUCUUCUUUAUAAAUAUGGGAGGCCUCUGCAAUUUACUCUGGUUGCUUGUGAUGUUAAAGGGAAGGAAGAUCAAUCUGGACCUGAAAACAUACUGCUGAAAAAUUGGACAGGCGAUGGCUUUCUUACAGAAACUGGCAAAACCAGGGCCAGCAUUAUACUUUCUUCAGGAACGGAGUUUGCUUUCCAGGUUACGCAGAUGAGGAUUAGAGUCCGAAGGGGCGCUAUAGGAGCCAAGUGUGGUUUGGUAUUUGCCUACAAUUCUCCGGGCAAAUUUCAUGCUGAUGACCACUUUAAAAGAUUGGACAAAUUUGACUCCUGGAAGCUAACUGAAUUUAGACAGUUUGUGAAAGAGAGAACAAACCAGACAUGCCCAGAAGUGGGAGAAUAUGAUCCUGUAGCCUGGUUUGAGCUUGAGGAAGAGUGGGAUGAAGUGGAUAUCCAAAUGCAUGAAUGUAAAACUGCACAGUAUUGGAUGAUAAAGUUUCUAUGCACCCGAGAAGAUGCAGCGGAACGCCUUGGAGUUCAAGGUUUAAAUGCUCUGGGAUACAAAAGGCCACUUGAAACAAAAACCAAUGUAAAUGUUACAUGCCUCAAGUGUAAAGAUGUGCCAGAGGACAGUGUGUGUGGCAUGACUUUGAUUUUAAAGACCUUGAUGUUUAUUGAACAGCUUGCACAUGAUGUGGAGAAAGGCAACAGAUCAAAACCGAGGUCACUUUUGGACUUUUCUGGAUUGGAUUUGCAGCUGCUUUGGAUGUUUUAUAAGAAGCUGCGAGACCAUUCCAGAGAGGAGAGUAUUUGUGCACAGACCAUUCUACUUCAAUUGCUCCAGGAUUGCUCAAGUGUCCUGAUAGCAGAAAUACAACCUCAAGAUAAAAGCCAAGCUCCUGAUAAGGACAAAGGUGAAGCUGCUCAGGAACUGUACAGACAUCUAUGUGAUGAAUUGGACAACAUGAGCAACAGUUCUUCAUCUUCAACUGCACACAAGGAAGAAAUUUCAAAUACUUUACUAAAUGGAGCUGCUAUUUUCUUCCCUGAUGGACUGAAAAGACGGGAUCGUUUGUUUUCGCUAAUGGAGAGCAUCACAGAAAAUGAGCAGCCUCCGUCAGCACACAUAACAUUUAGGUCGCUAUGCUCUUAUUUCAGUGAAAAAGAUCCCAGUGGCCUUUUACUAUUACCAGAUGGGGCCGUCUCUGCAGAUUUUGAGAUCAGCCAGGUCCUUUCAGUUAUGGAAAAGCUUCUGUUGAUGUCCUUAAGAGAGUGCAAAUUGUUGGUGGUUGAUACUUCCCAGGGCGAGUGUAGCUCAAUCCUACAUUCAUUAUUUUGGGCAGUACAAGGAAGCCUGUUAUCAUGGUGCUAUUGUCAGUUAAAAGGAGAUGAUCAUAUUUCUCUGCAAAAGGCUAGGGAUAUGCUUGUGAAAUAUGUUGAUAUCUUUCUAUCAUACACCCGAGAUAUUUUGGAGCCUCUGUUGCAUCAGUGCAAUAGAAAGGAGGUCAUUGAGAAACUGAGCACCUCUGUGUUUGCCAUGGCAACGCGUCAACUGAUGACAUUCAUGCUUGAGUUUUGUGCUCUUGACAUCCCACAUGGGUUUCUGCUCCAGAUUUUCAGCACUCUUCCAGCCCUCCUAAAACAUCUAUGUGGAGAUCCUGCAGAGAGUUCCAACAAGGAAGAAAUGGAUACUUGGAACCAGGCUCAGAUGCCUGUGGCACUCCAGACAUGGAAUAUGGAAUCUCCACAUAAUUAUGAGAACAAUUGUCGAGACAAAACAGUUUUUCUCUGUCCAGGGGCAAUCAGCUUUGAGGUGGAGUUUGAUGAAAAGUGUGAAACAGAAAAGAGGUAUGAUUAUUUGGAGUUCACAGAUGCUCGAGGUGGCAAAGUUCGCUAUGAUCAUAAAGUUGACACUGAGAAAUGGCCAAAGAAAGUUACAUUUAAAGCUGGACCACAACUGCAAUUUGAGUUCUUUUCAGACAGCAGCAAUAAUGAAUGGGGCUACAAGUUCACGGUCACAGCUUAUGGCUUACCAGAUAUUGCCCUCUCAUGGGGUUCAGAUAUACAGCUCCUUGUAGCUAGAUUGAUGGGGCGCUUGGCAUCCAGGUGUAUGGCAUUAAAAUCCACAUGUGAGUUGGGACCUUUUGCAGAACUACCCCCAGCAAAGGUGGCAUCUGUUGUUUCAUCUCCGCUAUGGAAACCAGUGUUCAGACAUCAAAUGUGCACAGACAGUGAUUUUGAAACAAAACUACCUUCCCAUCACCAAAGAACCGUAGAGACUAAGAACGCUCAUGCAGAUGACUGUCGUAACUUUCUCCUUGACUUUGCAAACUCAGAUCCUACCCAGGAUUUCUGUGGCCCUAACUCUGAGCUUUUCAAAGGAAUGGUGCCGGUGUUAAGGAAACGGCCAACAAAGAAUGAUAUUGUGGGGGGUUCCUUGGUGGGAAGUUCCCUGGUGGAUCAGGCUGUCAACUGCACGUUUGCUGCUCUGGUCUAUCUUACUCCAGAACUAUAUGGGAAGAUGCAAGCUUAUGUGCUCAGUGGGGGAAGUGUUGGUUUAUGUGAUGACUUUGUGCAAGUCUAUUUGUUGGCAGAUGGAAUAAGGAUAUGGAUGCUAGAAAUGAAACAGAAAUCCCUUCAUACCAGUGGAAAUGAGAAGCCUGGCGUGGAAGUAGUGGAAAUAAACCCAGAGAUGUUGGCAAAGCAGUGCAUUGAGAAGAGUCUGUUGCUGCUCAAGUUUUUACUCACAAGACCCAGACUGCCACCCGAUUGUUGCUACCCAUCAUAUGACGGCCGAGAAAUUCGAAGGAAAAGUUCUAUUGUUGAAGCGGAUUUUCAAGCUGCAUGUGCUUCUCCUGAUAGUCCGCAGCCUGCACAGGGAAAGUUUCAAGUGCCUGAUGCUGGCUCUCACAGAAAGCCAGAGUCUGAACCUUUUUGGUUCCAAGAAACACCGGGACCUUUGCAAAGUAAAAGCUCUGAAAAAGUAGAGGAGUCAACAUCUCCCCCACCUACCCCAACACGUAAAGCUCCAUUUAAUAGAGCAAGACUUCGACUGCUCUCAUUUCGCUCUAUGGAGGAGUCCAAAGUGUUGCCAACUGUAAAAGAAAAGUAUCCCAUUCUAAAGAACAUCUUAGACUUUGUAAAAGAUACGACAAUUUCCCAUGAAAGCAUUUUACAGGUCAUUUCCCUGCGUAAAUCGCAAGCUGAAAGCAUUCUCAAAGUGCUUACAAUAAUCCAGGAGUGUUUAGGGACAUUAGGACAGCCUCACAUCUUCCAGCCUUCCUCUGUUCUCUUUCUAUUAGAGCUGCUUGCGUGUCAGAAUGACUUCACAAACUAUUUUGGACACUUGGAAGGCUGUGGCGUUCGUCUACACAAUGAAGUUCGAGAGUCCUACUAUAGACUUGUUGCACUCCUUGUUAACGCUGCAAAAAGUUUCAACAGCCUUAAUGACAGGUCAUUGCUUCCUGCUUUGUCAUGUGUACAGACUGCACUUUUACACAUGUUGGACAUGAGCUGGGAACCACAGGAUCUUUCCUUCUUUGUCAGCAUUGGCCUUCCUGAUUUUCUGUUAACUAUGUCACAGGAGAAUAUAAGCACCCAUGACAGUGUUGUAAGUCAGUGGGAAGAGGAAGAAGAGCGAGCUGUUUACAGGCAGAACCUGUUGUGGUUGGAGGAGUGCAAGGAUGGCAUGUUUGAAACUUGGUAUGAUAAGAUAGAACAAGCUGAACCAGCUGUAAGGAGAAAGAUGCACUUGUUCAUUGCUCGGUAUUGUGACCUGCUGAAUGUUGAAAUAUCUUGUGAUGGCUGUGAUAAAAUUGCACCAUGGCACCGCUACAGAUGUCUGCAGUGUAAUGACAUGGAUCUUUGUAAAUCAUGCUUCCUGGGUGGUGUCAAGCCUGAAGGACAUGAAGAUGAUCAUGAAAUGGUUAAUAUGGAAUUUGCUUGCGACCAUUGUCAAGGACUUAUUAUAGGUUAUAGAAUCCAUUGCAAUGUAUGUGAUGACUUUGAUCUAUGCUAUGGAUGCUAUGUUGGCAUGAGGUACUCUGAGAGCCAUUUGCCCACCCACGAUAUCACAAUUUAUCCAUCGGUUACAAGCAGAGUCAGUGACAGUCAGCGACUUAUUCAGCCUUAUAUCCACAAUUAUUCUUGGCUUCUUUUCACUGCUCUGGCUCUCUACUCUUCAGACCUGGCUAGUGAAGGUGAAAUAGAAGGGGAAAAGUUGGACUCCACUGUCGUUUCUAGUGCUCAAGUCUUGCAAGCCAGUUGCACGGAUCACAUUGCCUGCUGUCUGUUAAAUGCCCAGAAAGGAAAAGAACUCAAGUCAUCAUCUUUGCUUUCCAUGUGGCCAAAUGUGGACUCUGGCUCUGAAAUUGAAGCGCCCACUAUCCGCUCUUCCAGUGAUGGCAUUCCCGAAAGUGAUAAAAAUGUCCUUUCAGACAAAUCCACAAAGCCUGCAGAGGUCUCUGAAAAAGUUGCUGCUUCAGAAAUUAGCAAAAUUGAUGAUUCAAAAGAUACCAUUGCUCCCACCAAAGAGCAGAAGGUAGAGGAGGACUCUGAAAAGACUGUCUCCCCCACCAAUUCUGAUGAAGACAAGGACUCCGAUCUUAAUGCAGAACCCUAUCUAUUUGCAAGCAAUUUGUCUAAACACCAAAUUGCAGACAAGGCUGUAAUUCCAAGUCCAGACCAAGUCUUUGCAGAAUGCUCUCAAGAAAGAAUUCUGGGGCUCAUAUCUGCCAUGUUGCCUCCAAUGAAAUCCGGCAAUGUUUCCUCCAUAGUAAAUCUUCAGCAAGUGUUGCCAUUAAUGUUCCAGGUUGUCAUUUCCAAUGCAGGACAUUUAAAUGAAUCCUACCAUUUAACACUGGGUCUUCUGGGGCAGUUAAUCCUUAGAUUGCCCCCGGGCGAGGUAGAUGAGGCUGUUAGUAAAGUCCUAUCAUCUAAGCAAAUGUUACAAACUUCAAGUGAAAGCAAGACUGUACCAGAAGGAUGGAUUACUACCCAACUGCUAUUCAGUUUGGGGGCGGUUUGUCUUGACAGCAAAGUGGGCCUUGAUUGGGCUUGUACAAUGUCUGAUAUUCUUCGUGAAUUAAAUGGUUCCUCAAAAUGGCAUAAAGUGAUCGCAUCUUUUACAGACCACUGCAUGAAACAGCUACCAAACCAAGUAAAAAAUACCAACAUAUUUACAUUGUUGGUCCUUGUUGGUUUUCCAGAGGUAUUAUGUAUGGGAACACGGUCCGUAUAUAUGGACAAUGCCAAAGAGCCUCAUGAUGUUAUCAUAUUGAAACACUUCACUGAAAAAAAUCGAGCUGUUGUCAUUGACAUUAAAACAAGAAAGAGAAAAACAGUGAAAGAUUACCAGUUGAUGCACAACAAGGAAACUGAGAGUCCAGGCUUGCAAGAUCAACUCAAAAAGUAUCUUCAACACUUUGCCUUCAUUGCGAGUCAUCUUUUGCAGUCAAACUUGGACAAUAGCUGUGCAGAAGCUGUAGAAGCUACAUGGGUUCUAUCACUGGUUCUUAAAGGAUUAUAUAAAACACUUAAGAAUCACAAUUUUGAAGAGCUGCAGAACGCUUUUAUUCAGUCUGGUUUGAUAAAGCUGUUGGUGAAAAAAUGCAGCAAAGGAACUGGCUUCAGUAAAACAUGGCUUCUUCGUGACUUGGAGAUCUUAUCAAUUAUGCUGUACUCCUCAAAGAAGGACAUAAGCUGUCUAUCUGAAAGAAAAGAUUUGGGAUCAGAGAAGCAAGAAAAGCAAGACCAAAGCAAGGAUGCAGAUGCAUCCAGUGAGAACUACAUUGAGCUGGAUGAGGGCAAACCCAAUCCCUUAGAAGGUCUUGAUGUUGCUACCAAAAUAUGUUUUAAGGUGAUUCAUGAGGCUCAUAAUGCCCCUUUACACAUUCUCCGUGCUAUAUAUGAAAUGGAAAUGAAAAAUAUUGAAUCUUUCCUUCAAGAAGUCCAAAAAAGAUUUGAUGGAAAUGUCGGUGUGAUAGAUGAGAAGGUGAAGAAGAUGGCACAGAAAUGGCAACCAUGCAAGUCUGAAAAGCCAGAGGACCAGAAUCUGAAUGUGACUGAUACGGAUAUUAUCAUUCCUCCUUGCAUGAUAACACCAGCAAAAUGUGACAAAGCAACAGAGGAGACAAAUCCUGUCAGCCAGAAACUUAUCAUAAGCAGUGAGAGUGACCUUCAACUCAGCUAUGCCAAACAACGGCGCACAAAGAGCUCUAUCCUUCUCCGCAAAGAGCUGGAUUCCCGCAGUAAAAUAGCCGUGCGAGACUAUCUUUAUAAUGUCAAUGAAGCCACUGCUGUAGUUUAUGCUCGUCAUGUGCUGGCAUCUCUAUUGGCUGAAUGGCCAGAUGGCUUUUCAUUAAAUGAAGACAUCCUAGAAUUAAGUGGGCCUGCUCAUAUCACAUACAUAUUAAAUAUGUUAAUGCAUCUAGAGGAAAAGCAACUAUGGGAAAAGAUUUUGCAGAAAGUGAUCAGUGGUUGUAGUGAAAGUAUGCUCGGGACAGUAGCCCUCACUGCAUGUCAGUUCAUGGAGGAGCCUGGAACAGCUGUGCAAGUCCGUGAAUCCAAACAUCCAUAUAACAACAAUACUAGCUUUGAGGAUAAAGUUCAUAUCCCUGGGGCAAUUUACCUCUCAGUCAAGUUUGACCCUCAGUGUAAUACAGAAGAGGGCUGUGACGAGUUGGCCAUCUCCAGUUCCUCUAACUUCAAGCAAGAUCUGCACAAAUUCAGUGGCCCACCCAAAAAAUGGAUCGACUUUGAAUUGCCAGGAGACACACUGUACUAUAGGUUUACAUCAGACAUGAGCUGUACUGAGUGGGGUUACAAGUUCACUGUAGCUGCUGGACAUCGUGGCCGUUUUCAAACAGGGUUUGAGAUUAUAAAGCAGAUGUUGUCUGAUCAGAGAGUCGUGCCUCACCUUCCUCUCUCCAGCAUUUGGGAUUGGCAGGUUAGCGUAGCUUGCCGACAAACUGGCCACCAACGUCUGAAGGCCAUUAAUCUGCUACUGAAGAUUUUACAGCUUAGUUCUGCAAGUCAAUACGAUCUCAAAUUGUUAAGGCCUCUGUGGCCAGUUUUCACCUGCCUGGAGAACAAAACUUAUCAAGACAUGGGUAGCAGUGGAGUCCUUCUUCCUCUGCAUCGGGCACUCACUGAGCUUUUUUUCAUUGCAGAAAACCGAGCAGAUGAGUUGGGAUGCUUACAGGAUUAUCUUCUCACUUUAACCACAGAUGAACAGCUUUGCAAUUACACUGCACAGGCACUGAAAAACAUUGCUGCUAUAAGCUUCGCCAUCAAUUACCCAAACAAAUCAACAAGCAUAUGGACUGUCUGAUCUCAUGGAUCAUCAAAGAGGUGUUCUAUGGCCUGGAAUACAAGCUGAUGCAGCAUGCUCUCCGUGGAACCUCACCUUGCUGUAAAUUCUGCCCUGUGAAAGUACACCACAUAGGAAUGGAGCAUCAACGAUUGACACGUACCCCUUAACAUGCCUGCACUAGUGAGCUGAAAACAAAAGGAAAAUUAACUAUUUGACUUUAAUAUUGGAAAAAAUAAUCCCUAGGAUUGCUUGACUCCCAAGCAAAUUAAAGCUGUAGCUUUAAUGCUCGGGGUACAUUGAUUAGCUUGUCAUGUGGUUUCUAGUAAGCUAAAAUAGAGAAUGGCACCUUUCAUGCCUCUAAAUGAAGAGAACUUACAGGGAAAACUAUCUAAUAUAAAGGUUAUAUUGGACAUACCAGUAUUGUUCCGGUAUGAUAAAUCUUUGUACAUUAAAAAGUAGUCCUUCAAAGUAAAUUUUUUUUAAUUCUUUAUUUUUUAUUUUUUUUGUUACAUUUUAAAUAUCCAUAUUGAGUGUUACCUGAUGCGCUCCACUGGUACGUGUCUUUAACAAAAUAUAUUUCAGGUUAAUUCUAACUUGACUAUUGGCCCAAUACAUAGAUGCAAAACAUAUACAGCAAAAUGCUUUGUUUCCAUAUUGGGAAAGGGAGACCUAUUUCUUGACUUCUGCAUCCUUCACUCUGUAUUCUCUAGAAGUAUACUUUGGUCUGACUGCACCUUGUCGUUAGUGCAAUGUAUUUUAUACUGGAUGAUAAUUAGCAGGGUAAUGUUAUUGCAAGAGAUCCCUACAAUGGAGUAAACCAUCCUGCGAUCUAUUACUAUGAAAGGUAAAAUAAUAGUUGAGAAGUCAUGCUGUAUCACUCGUACUACCAACCAGCAUGCACAAGAGGCAUAUUUAUUUUUAAAAGUAUUGGUUGUGUGAGUAAAUCUGUUUAAUGAUGGUUCAAAACAUGCAUUACCACAAAGUGCCAAUGGAUAAUAUCUCGAUUUGUCAGACAAAACCAUGAGUUAUGCAGGAUCUAUUUAUGGGGUAUUAUUUACCAUUUAAAAUUGGGUGCCAGAAAUUAAGGAACCCCCAGAAAACGUACUAGCUCCAAAAAUACUUAUAUUUUCUUUGAAGUUUGUUUCAUUAUUGAACACACAAAGUGAUUUUUCAAAUAUGUAUAUAUAGCUGCUUGGCGUAUACAGAGUUUUGAAACAAAUUACAUUGUUGAAUUUACGCUGCCAUGUCUUAUUAGCCAGUUCACCUUUAAAUAGUCUUAAGUUUAAAAUAUUUUUAGUUUAAUAUAGAUACCAAUUUGCACCAACUCACAAAUUCUAUAUUCUUUAAAUUCUUCUUUUGUUUUGACCACCAUGGCUUUGCUGCAGACAGCAGGGUGCCUUUUUCUCCAUCGGAUCUCUACAAGACACUUUCUGCUAUAAGCCUGUUUCCAUUGUGAACUUUCCUUACUAAAUUCAACUUGAAUAUGCAUGAAAAUUUUGUAGAUAAUGCGUUAGAAAAAAAUAAGAAAGAAUGCCCAUUAUGGUUUGUGAAAUAAGUAGUUUGGCACUAUGCAGCAGUUCAGUUGACUGCUGUCUGCUCUCAGCUUGCCAAUAGCUCCAUUCUUGUCUCUUCACAGUUUCAAAAAAAGAGCUAUAGAGUUUGUGGCCAAAGUUCUUUCACAGAAGCCUGAAACAGAGUUGCUGAUAGAGGAAGUGAUUUGUAUAUUAUAGUAUAUUGCCCUGUGGUCGCAUGCCAUAAAGCUGCUUGCAUGGCUUCCUCCAGUGAUAUAUCCAGUUGAAAGUAUGAGCUUAUAGCUGCAGUGAUUGCAAAUCAUUGCAUUUGUAACUAACUAGGAAUAAGGUAGACAGGGGCACAAGACCUUGUUGGAACAUAACCUAUGCAUGGAUUGUUAAAUUGUUAGAGUUCGGAGCAUCCCUUAUAAGUAUCUGAGGCGUCACAGUGAUUAGCCAGCAAGCAGAGAAAACAAGUAUAUUAUAAACUCAAUAAUUAAAGGUUUUUUACAGUACUGUUCCCUAAACUAUGAAAUGCAAAAAAAACAAAACAAAAGUAUUCUCUUUGACACUGUCCCCGUUAUUAGGUUGAACAUCAUAUAUGCUCAACCUCAUGAAUUGUGGCUAGAAAAUAAAAGGUCACUCAAAGUAUAGUGGUACAUUUAAAUUGGUUAUGUAAGGUAAGCAAAAAUGUUGAAUUCCUUUUGGUUUUUGUGUGUGUUUUUCAAUGCUUCGUAACCAACCUUUUCAUUACAGUAAUUUCAAGAGAGGUUUUCAUUUAAUGCCCAUGGAAUUUAAUAGUACAUCUCAAGCAAGUAAAUGAACUUCAUAUAUGCCUUAUGGCAUUAUAUGGUAAUUUUGUUCAGACCGCAGUUUCCAUUUUGUACCAUCCAUUGUGCAUUCUUGGCUUACUUAUACUUCAUACAUCCUCUUCUAUAAAAAAACUCUCAAGAGAUGGAUGUGGUCUAUUCAUAUUUUUCUUUGCAGCCACUGGGGUAGAUAAAGAGAUUUAUGAGAAUAUAUUCCUUGGCAGAACAGUUUCAACCUAGGAGAUACUUGAACUAGAGAAAGUGUGUGAAGGUUAUUUCACCUUUCCGGGUAAAUAGUUUAUUAUUGACUCUUUCAUCAUAAUUAUUUUGUUUGUUUCUGGUUUUGGGUGGUUUUGGUUUUUUAUUUUUAUUUUAUUUUUUUACAAUUUUCUAGGUAUUUUAUCCAGAUAUACCUAUCGUUUUGAUAUCUAGAAAAUUAUGAACAAGUUUAGUAGUUGUUGCUGUUCAUUCCCCAGAUUUUAUUUCUUAUUUUUUGUUUUCUCCAUAUGAUAACUCUUUUCUCUUCUUGCACUUGAAAUCUGGUAAUGCAUGCGUUGGUCUAUCCUUAAACUGGUAUUUAAAAUGGUUUCAGAGUUGUUUACACUGUGGCCCCAGCACGAUACAAAAUGAAACGACUGUUCAGUGAUGUGUAUGAGCCAUCAAUUGCUCUGAUGUGGCUAUUACCAUUUAUUAAUACAUUACUGGCUUCAUGGUAUGCUAACAAAAUGUGCCUAAUAUAUACAAUUUAUAAUCUCAACACACACACUGUACUUAACAUUGUUUCUGAUAUUUUCUUUAAAUGUUUUAAACAGGUUUUAAUUUUUUGUUUUUGUUAUGGGGUUAAUACUUUUUUCUUGGUUGUAAAUUAAAAUAUAACAUAUUAUAAAUUUCACAUGUAAAAAAGUAUAGAUAUGAUCUCAGUAUAAUGUGCAAAUUAAGAGAAAUAUAUUGUAAAAAAAAUCACUUAAUAAAAUGAAAGUGAAUGCGA